AGAAUGCUUCUGGAACAUGGUCCAGAAAAACUCACAGCAACCCAGUGAUUCCGGCCAUGAAAGCCUUUGACAACACAGUAAUAUCAUAGUACAGUAGAGUCUCACUUAUCCAACAUAAACGGGCCGGCAGAAUGUUGGAUAAGUGAAUAUGUUGGAUAGUAAGGAGGCAUUAAGGAAAAGCCUAUUAAACAUCAAAUUAGGUUAUGAUUUUACAAAUGAAGCACCAAAACAUCAUGUUAGACAACAAAUUUGGCAGAAAACGUAGUUCAAUACGCAGUAAUGCUAUGUAGUAAUUACUGUAUUUAUGAAUUUAGCACCAAAAUAUCACGAUAUAUUGAAAACAUUGACUACAAAAAUGCGUUGGAUAAUCCAGAACAUUGGAUAAGCGAGUGUUGGAUAAGUGAGACUCUACUGUACAUACAUAAAUAGUUCAGGCUGGUCAACCAUCUCCCUUCUUGCAGGCUCAGCACCUUGACCCUGACCCCUUCCUGGUUGCGACCCCAAACACCCCUCAUCCGAACCUACAACUGACCAUGGGGCUGGGAGCCCUGCUGCUGGUGUUGACCCUCCUCCUCCCGGGGAGACCCUCCUCUUCUGCCUUUGCCUGGACCGCCUUCCGAGACCCAGCCGGCGUGACCUGCGAGGCCUUGUCCUACAACAACACCUCUCUCCGCUGUUCCUGGGAAGCCCUCCGUCCGGCAACUGUCCGCCUCCACCUCCGGCAAAAGGGGGAACUGGGUGCCAACUGCUCCUCCCGGGAAGUGAGGUCCGGCCGGGGCCCCUCCUGGGUCCUGAUGGACAGCUGCCCCUCGGCCUGUUCUUCUGCUGCAGAAGAGACCCCCAUGGAGCUGGAGGUCGAGGCCGGGGGCAAUGGGGGGCAGCACCAGCGCCUGAGCAGGAGCCUCCUCUGGAGAGACCUUGUGAAGCCCGCUGCCCCGGAAGGCCUGUGGGCGCACCAGGAAGAGCGCUCGGGGCAGGUGCGGCUGAGGUGGGCGCCUCCGGGGUCCUGGGACCGUCCCGCCUCCUUCUUCCCGCUCCGCUUCCACCUCCACCUGGAAUACUUUGGCAAUCUGGACAAAGGCCUCCUCCAGGACCUCUACAGCGACCGCCUGGAGGAGACCACUGAGCCCCUGCGACCCCACCAGAUCCUCCGCCGGGCCAAGGUUCGCUGCCAGGACCCCGUCACCGGCUCUGCCUGGGGCCCCUGGUCUGGAUGGGCCCUUCCUUCAGAGGCCACACCACUCCCUUGAGCUGGACCCCAGAAAAAGGGGUCUCGGAGGGUGGGGAUGUGGGCAAAGGACCCCCACCACCACCACCCACUGGAUGUUGCAAAGCUUCUGCAGAAGUUUCACUUACUUUCCUCGCAGGGCUCCGUAAAGACAGAGCAUGCAUGGGUUUUUUUUAAUAAAUGCAUGGAAAGAA